AUGCCGGCGCUUGGCGCCCCUCUGGACGUGGCCCCGCCGCGGCCGGCGCCGCAGACGACCUCGCGGGCUCGACAGCAUGGCGCGCAGCCGAUCGUGGAGCGGCGCCGGCAGUCCGCCGCUGUGACCGCGGCCGCGGGAAGGGCCAGUGUCGGUGGGGCCAAAAAGAAAUCGCCACAAAACCCCCUCAGAGGAGUCCCUCUCAAGCAGGCACUGGCGCUGCAGCUGGGCGGUGAUGCCAGGAACCUUAUUGGAUGGAGGGUCAUUGAACAGCAGGAUAGUCGGCCUGUUGGGGUGGUGGAUGAGGUGCUAUCCUUUGACGAUGGAGGGAAUGUCCAACAGACAUAUCUGAAGGUCAUCGAUGAGCCUGCUGUCUCACAUCUCAUUCCCCUUGUACCAGACAUUGUGACGGGAGUGCAUUUGCGGACAAAACAGGUCAUGUUGGAUGCCCCUGAGGGGUUGCUGGACCUUGGCUCAGUGACAGCAAUCAUCGAUGAGCUCAGGCAAGAGCUGGAGCAGUACUCAGGAGCACCAGCCGGAAGCACAGCAGAAAAAAUGGGCAUCAAAUGCUUGCCAGGAGCAAAGCAGCUCGAGAACGUAGGCAGGGGGGACCUGGUUGCUUUGAUACGGAAGGCUGGCGGUUUCGCAGAGGUGGCAUACAGACUAGGGUGGAAACCGCACAGGAAGCCCCCAGGCUACUGGGAGGAUGUUAAGAUGUUGGACCAGGAGCUUACAUACUUCAUUGCUGGGAGCUGGUUAGAGGAGAAAAAUCAGGAAGGAGAGAUCGUUUACCGCAAUCAGGACAUGUUUUCUUCUCCAUUAGAGGGCAUGUUGCCAACUGCAUUGCCUAUUGGGAUUGACCACAGGCGACAAAGAGGGUGUCGCUGGAUAUGCCAGAGUUGCCUGAAAUGA